GUGGGAGUCAGCGGGUUGGUCGGGUUUGUGUUUACAGCUCGGCUGGAUGCUGUUGGCUGCUGAUGUUAUAGGGAAAGUGCAAUGUUGUGCCAACCACCAUUGGAAUAAAUACAGUUGUGGGGAUAAAGGUGAUUUUGCUCAUCAUCUCCCACUUCCUCCUCCUGUCUUCCAUUCAUGAGCAGCGUGGCUGAGUUUAACUACAGCAGCCAUGGAUGACAAGGGCUCGGUGGGGAAGAUUAGCGUGUCUUCAGACUCAGUGUCCACUCUCAACAGUGAGGACUUUGUCCUUGUGUCCCGCCUGGGGGACGAGACACCCUCCUCCACUAAUAAUGGUAGUGAUGACGAAAAGACAGGAUUGAAGGUGAUUUCUGAGGAAGGGGUCAGCUUUAAGAUUGUGGGAAAUGGAAGUGAACAGCAGCUCCAGAGGGAGUUAGAGGAUGUCCUCAUGGACCCAUCGGUAGCUGACACUGGACUUGGACCAGAAACAAGAAUGGACAGUCUUGGUGGAGGAGACCAUGGUCAUCUUCCCACUACAGUCUCACCUGUACCGCCAGGCUCCGACCCCUUAAGCACAGCUCCGUCUAAGGUGGAGAUGGUGCUUCCAGUUCAGACAGCUCAGGAGAGUGAGCUAAAUGAAAGGUCAUACAGAGCAGAUGAAUCAUCAUCAGAAGGCAGUCCAAUCAGUCCCAUCCCAGAUGAGGACAGCAUUGUGUUUAGCCAGUUGACAUAUCUGGGAUGUGCUUCAGUCAACGCUCCUCGCAGUGAGGUGGAGGCCCUCCGUAUGAUGAGUAUCCUCAGAGGCCAGUGCCAAGUCCCCUUGGAUGUUACAUUGUCUGUGCCAGGCGUGUCUGAAGGCACUGUGAGGUUAUUGGAUCCCCACACCAGUACAGAAAUCGCCAACUACCCUAUCUAUAAGAUUCUUUUCUGUGUGAGAGGCCAUGAUGGGACACCAGAGAGUGACUGCUUUGCUUUCACUGAGAGCCACUACAAUGCUGAGAUCUUCAGGAUUCAUGUAUUUCGCUGCCAAAUUCAAGAGGCGGUGAGUAGGAUACUGUACAGCUUUGCCACAGCAUUUCGACGGUCAGCGAAGAAGGCAGUUCUGUCAUCUCAGCAGGCUGCUCCCCUCACCCCUGACAGUGACUUGUUUACUUUCACUGUCAGCCUGGAAAUCAAAGAGGAUGAUGGAAAGGGUACUUUCAGUGCUGUAGCAAAAGACAAGGACAAGCAGAGCUUCAAACUGCGUGCAGGAAUGGACAAGAAAAUUGUUAUCUAUGUCCAGCAGACAUCCAAUAAGGAGCUGGCAAUUGAGAGGUGUUUUGGUCUUCUGCUCAGCCCAGGGAAAAAUGUGAAGAACAGUGACAUGCACCUGCUAGACCUGGAGUCAAUGGGAAAGAGCUCUGACGGGAAGUCUUACAUCAUCACAGGAAGUUGGAACCCCAACACGCCUCAGUUUCAGGCUGUGAAUGAGGAAACACCCAAAGAUAAAUUCAUGUACAUGACGACAGCAGUGGACCUGGUGAUCACAGAGGUGGAGGAACCGGUCCGUUUUCUGCUAGAGACAAGGGUCAGAGUGUGCUCCCCAAAUGACAGACUGUUCUGGCCCUUCAGCAAGCGUAGUUACACUGAAACCUUCUACCUUAAACUACGGCAGAUGGAGCGUAAGGAGCGUAAAAGUCCUUCCUCAGACACUCUGUAUGAGGUGGAGUUGGAAAGUGAGACUGAGAGAGAGAAACGGAAGACCACAGCUAGUCCUGGCAUCCUGACUGGACCCGGUAACACGGUCCCCUCCCCACCCGAGGAUGAUGAAGAGGAAGAUAAUGAUGAACCUUUGCUAAGUGGUUCUGGUGAUGUUUCCAAGGAGUGUGCAGAGAAGAUCCUGGAAACCUGGGGAGACUUGCUAUCCAAGUGGCAUAUGAACCUCUCAGUGCGACCCCGGCAGCUCCCAGCGUUGGUGCGGAGUGGCAUCCCUGAAGCACUCCGUGGAGAGGUUUGGCAGCUCCUGGCAGGUUGCCAUAACAACGACCACCAGGUUGAAGAAUACCGCACUCUUAUCACAAAGGAGUCCCCUCAGGACAGUGCCAUUACCAGGGACAUUAACAGGACAUUUCCAGCUCACGACUACUUCAAAGACACUGGUGGAGACGGACAAGACUCCCUCUACAAGAUCUGCAAGGCCUACUCUGUAUAUGACGAGGAGAUCGGCUACUGUCAGGGACAAUCUUUCUUGGCUGCUGUGCUGCUGUUGCAUAUGCCAGAAGAGCAAGCGUUCAGUGUGCUGGUUAAGAUCAUGUUUGAUUACGGUCUCCGGGACCUUUUCAAGCAAAACUUUGAAGAUCUGCAUUGCAAGUUCUUCCAACUUGAAAGACUCAUGCAGGAAUAUAUUCCAGACCUGUACAACCACUUUCUGAAUGUGGGUCUGGAGGCUCAUAUGUAUGCCUCUCAGUGGUUCCUCACCCUCUUCACAGCCAAGUUCCCUCUUUACAUGGUCUUCCAUAUCAUUGACCUGCUACUGUGUGAGGGCAUCAGUGUGAUCUUCAAUGUAGCCUUGGCGCUUCUGAAAACAUCAAAGGACGAUCUGAUACAAACAGACUUUGAGGGUGCACUCAAAUUCUUCCGUGUCCCAGUUCCAAAGAGGUACCGCUCUGAGGAAAACGCAAAGAAACUGAUGGAGCUGGCCUGUAGCAUGAAGAUUAGCCAGAAGAAGCUGAAGAAAUUUGAGAAGGAGUAUCACACCAUGAGGGAGCAGCAGGAGCAGCAGGAAGCCCCCAUUGAGAGAUACGAGCGGGAGAACCGUCGUUUACAAGAGGCCAACAUGCGUUUGGAGCAGGAAAACGACGACCUGGCACAUGAACUAGUCAGCAGCAAGAUAGCUCUGCGGAAAGACCUCGACAACGCUGAGGAAAAGGCGGACGCCCUGAAUAAAGAAUUGCUGCUGACCAAACAGAAACUGGUGGACUCAGAGGACGAAAAGAGGCGACUGGAAGAGGAGUCUGCACAGCUGAAGGAGAUGUGCAGACGAGAGCUGGAUAAGUCUGAAUCAGAAAUCAAAAAGAACGGCUCCAUCAUCGGAGAAUAUAAACAGAUCUGCUCCCAGCUGAGUGAACGACUGGAGAAACAGCAGACAGCCACCCGUGGAGAGCUGGAGAAAAUCCGGUCCAAAGUGGAAGGCUGUGAAAAGUGCAGCAGUCUAUUCAACAAAGAAGGUCGUGUACGAGCCGCAGUGACCUCGGCGCCUGCAGGGGGAUCUGAGGAGACGGAUGAGGAGAAGGAGGGUCUGAAGAACCAGUUGAGAGAAAUGGAGCUGGAACUGGCCCAGACCAAACUGCAACUGGUGGAGGCCGAGUGCAAAAUUCAGGACCUGGAGCACCACCUUGGUCUGGCUCUGAAUGAGGUGCAGGCUGCCAAGAAGACCUGGUUCAACCGAACACUUAGCUCCAUCAAGACCGUCACUGGGACUCAGGGCAAGGAGACAUCCUAACCUGAUACCCAACACCCCCAUUCCUAGUUUUACCCAGAGCUCAUCUGGAGCUCAGUCCGACUCACCACACUGAAACUUCUGGACCCCUAACGUUACCCACUGGGCCACAAUUUUAACACUGACCAUUAAAUCCAGGAUGACCAUAACUACAGAUGUUACUUGUUCUUCUAAUAUUCUUCAAAGAUGUCCUCGUGUUCCACUCUAAUCCCACUUCUGAUCUAAUCAGUCCCACACAUUUCUUCCUCCCCAUCCCCAAAUGACUACAGCCAGUUGUGCUGAUGAGAAGGGGCUGAAGAAGAAUUGCCCAGAAGGACUGUGCUUCCACCAGUCACAGAGAGAAAAGCAUAAAAAAAGAGAAAUGCUUUAUUGAUUUCUGUCUAAGUACUGCUGAAAUUAAAGACCCGCAGAAAGAAGGAAGGACAUCAAAACUGUUACUGUCCUAGCAGGGAUAGAGAAGAAAACACUCCGUCCUCCCUUACUGUUCUGCGUGCACCCCUCUAAACUACUGGCACAAACCAUCAAGUCCCUGUUAAACGUUUUGUUUUAGGUACGACAGCUAAUAGACGCCUUUUCAAACUGAGCUUUUCUAAUUUACGUUGAACAAUACUUUUCUUUUUUAUUGUGUUGAUAUGAAUGUGCUAAUGAUAAGAGGAUGUGUGUGUAAGUGCGCAUGUUUUCAGUUUUGUGUUCGAUUGUGAGGUGUAUGUGUUUGUGUGUGUGAGACUGAGAAAAAAAAAAGACUGAAUGCAUCGACUGAAAUAUUGUGUAUAAAAGACAGCAGAAGAGAUGUGUGCAAGUCCAAGGAAAGAAAACGCACUAAGGUUAUGAGUGUGAGCAUGCAUGUAAAGGGGAAAGGGUAUUUCCUGGUUGUCUAGUUUUGUUUAAUGUUCAAAUGUGUAUAUGAAUGAUCCUAUGGAAAAAUGUGCUGACAAAGCCUUUAUCUGAAGGUUGAUAUAGAUGAUGCUAGUGGAGAAGAAAAUGUAAUUUACAGUAAAACAGAAGUGCAAAAGCUGUUUAAACUAUCAGCAGUGGCUUAUUGUUACAAACAUAAGAUGUUGUGGUUUGUUUGGUUUGGAUCUUCAGCACAAAGAACUUUAAGACGUUCUAAACCAUACAAACAUCUGCAUGUGUUAGUUUGUAAACUGUGGAUUAAAGCACUGUUGAGCCCCUCAGUGAUGCACCGUUAGUGUACAAGGACAAAAAUAGAGUUCCAUAAUCUUUCCUGCUGUGCAUCAACCUGUUUAAAAAGCCACACCUUUGACCACAUACUCUGUGACCUUUUAACCUUUGGCACUGGCAGGGUUAGGUUUGCCACUUCGUAGAACAGGGAGACAUUUCAUAAAGUUAUUCCAUUAAAAAAACAUUUCAUAGGAUUCCUACAUUCAAGUCAUCUUAAAUCACGUGAAAACUUCCGUUAGGUUUACAGAACUUUGCAAAAUCACAAAGCUGUGCUCCUUUUUGAUUAAUUUUUAUCAUUGUCAUUUAUGAAGAUAAAUGUACACAGUGUAUGUAACAGGAUAAUUUGACAGUGACGACAUGUCAUAUUAAGAGAAUUAAGAGAUUAUGAUGCAUGUAUAGUGGAUGCAUCUGAUCAAACUAAAGAUUCUUGUACAACUCUAAAUAUUGAACAGCUGAGGCAGACAGUUUUUCAUGCAGGACCAAAUAACUUCUUGAUGUAAAUCAUGAUAAUAUUAGGUCAAUACUACAGAGAACCGAACUUUGGCUACAUGUAAAUGUUAUUUAAAUAUAUUUAUGUUAUUGAUUUUAACUAUUAACAUGUAUACUUGUUUUAAAAAUAUCCUUAGGGUUUAUUCAAUAAGCAGAACAAAUUUUAGCCCAGUCUAAUGAAAAAUGAGCCAUUGAUGAGGCUUUAAAUUUCAUAGCUAAAAACUAUUUGGAGCAGAGCUUUAGGAUUUUGCAGGAAUCCGUUAAAUCUUAACAUGGCAUGGGUGGGUUAGGCAAGUAUGAAAUGACCAAAAGAAGCAACGAUGGAGUUACAGUGUCUGUUAAUUGUAACAAAUCCCACAGAUCUAAAUGGCUGUUCACUGAAAAGCAGAGGCAGUCUUCUACACCCCUAACACACACAAACUCCAGUCUGGAGGUGGAGUUACUGUUACUCAAUACAAAGGAAAGACGGGGAACACAACCAACAGUGUGAAAUCAGAUUUCAGGGCAAUUUGACUUGAAUAAAUCUUAUUUUGGCUGUGAAGAAUCACAAUCUGCAGUCACAUAGUGAUGUAGAGUGAGAAUCUAACCGAAAAACCACAUAUUCUGGGUUGUGUCAGCAGUGCUUUCUAUUGCUAUAAUGGAUAGCAAGUGUUUCCUUGGCUUUCUUUGGAUCCUUAAAUGCCUGUGGAAUGUCAUUGUUGUAUACAGGCAUUGCUACUGUCCAGUGCUCAUCACCUUUAAGCUGGAUCCACAACAUGACAGAAACUCCUCUUUAUUACCACUGCCUAAGCAUGACUUAGAAUACCUUUAGCACAAUAGUACAGUCAUCCCACAGCUCACAAAAACCUGCAGGAUCUUACUGACUGUCAUACCAGCUGAGAAAAAAAUCACUAUGAAACAUUUCCAGCUUUUUCACAAAUUCAUAACACAAUGAAUUCAUGGUGUUUAAUAGCCCCAGAGCAGAUAGUAUUUACUACUACUGAGAGGAUAAACACACUGUGGUAGUCAUAGGAGCAAAAAAAAAAUACGUUUCAGAUGCCAGAACUCUUAACUGAGCACCUUAACACAGAUCAAUAUCACAGCAUCAGCCACAGAACUUCAUGCCCAGUUGUCUUACAAAUGGGGCUCAACGAUAUUUCAAUACAUACUCAAAACUUAUGAAAUCAACAUAUUUCAUUUGCUUGGCCAAAGUGAGUAUUUACUGUAAAUUGCAUCUAACUUGAAGAUGGACUCUUAUUGGAUGAAAUCUCCGAGGGAAAGUCCAAAUAAGGUAAAAAGAAACAAAAAUGGCCGUUCUUAGAGAGGCACUGGGUUGUAUAAAACAAACAAAAAUGAUUAUUAUUGAGUUUUUGUUGAUGAUUUUUUUACUCUGUAACUAUAACUAAUGUUGCCUACUUGUACCUACCUGCUGCCGUGCUACAGUUUAAUCCACAACAAUGUUUUUAAUGUUAAUUUUGCUCCAAGCUUCUCUGUCAGACUGCUGUUUGGUUAAUUAAAUGCCAAAACGUAGCUUUAUCAUUCAAGAACAAAAACAUUAUCAACGUGUGGACAUUGUAAUAGUGUAGGAUGCAUUGUGUAUACAUCAUGAAUUUAAAUAUAAAGAUAUCAACACAAAA